UUUCUUCACGCCUUAACCACACCACACGCCUACAAAUAGCUCCGUCAAACCUCAGACCCAGAUUAAAUAUUAACCAAACACGCUCUCUUCUGUUUCUUCCUUCUCUCUUUCUUCUAACUCUGGCUGGCCAUGGAGGUUCCGAAUCAUCUUCAAGCAGCAGAAGCAGAAGCAGGAGGAGGAUCGUCGUCUUCGCAGAAGAAGAAUGGAAGAGGGAAAAUAGAGAUAAAGAGGAUAGAGAACACGACGAACAGGCAAGUUACUUUCUGUAAGAGACGCAAUGGCUUACUCAAGAAGGCUUACGAGUUGUCUGUUCUCUGCGAUGCUGAAGUCGCUCUCGUCGUCUUCUCUAGCCGUGGUCGCUUGUACGAGUACGCCAAUAACAGUGUUAGAACAACUAUUGAAAGGUACAAGAAAGCUUGCGCUGCUUCCACAAACACAGAAUCUGUAGCUGAAGCUAAUACCCAGUUUUAUCAGCAAGAAUCAUCCAAGCUAAGAAGGCAGAUACACGAUAUUCAGAAUCUGAACAGGCACAUCCUGGGUGAAGCUCUGAGCUCCUUGAGUCUGAAGGAGCUGAAAAACCUAGAGGGAAGACUGGAGAAAGGUUUGAGCAGAGUUAGAUCUAGAAAGCACGAGACAUUGUUUGCUGAAGUCGAGUUCAUGCAGAAGCGGGAAAUGGAGCUCCAAAACCAUAAUAAUUAUCUGCGAGCAAAGAUAGCCGAACAGGAGAGAGCACAGCAGCAGCAGCAGCAGCAAUCAAGUGUGAUGCAGCAGCAGCAGCAGAUGUGUGAGUCCAUUCCCUCACAAUCUUAUGAUCGCAAUUUCUUCCCUGUAAAUCUCUUGGCUUCCAAUAAUCAUCAUCACUAUUCUACUCGACAAGACCACACUGCUCUCCAGCUUGUGUAGCUGAUAAUUAAGAGGAAAGAUUAUUGGAAAUUGUUUCAAAGGGCUAAUUUUCGUCAAUCUGGGAUACUCUGCAACUGGGUUCUAAACUGGUGGAGAGCCACUCAUAUGGGAUCAGUUUUCUAAUUGAGAACCGUUAUUCCAUUUAUUGGAAUUUCCGUUAAUUACUCUCUGAACUAGCAAAACGACCAGCAUUUUGGCCCCAAAACUUCAUAUAUUAUAUAAAAAAUAUUGUUUAUUAUC